AUGAAAAAGGUGAUGAGCAAGCUCGUGAAAUUUCUUGAGAGAAUCGUGGCCUCCCCACUGAUUCUUCACGGCCAUCUGAAGCCCGCCCCACCGCGAAAGAAGCUCUCCGAUGUCUCUCCUGAGGAGAUCAGAGUCGUCGUCGGCCGUAGGACGCACGUUCUUGUGAUGCCACGUGGGGGAGAUCACGUGAGCGUUGGAUAUUUUCCCACCGGUUCCCAUAUCUUUGGCCGGAGAAAACAAAACAAAAGUUUCGAUCUCUUUCCGGCCACAGACAACGGUUCUUCCGCCUUGUUACUCCGUCAGACGGAGAACGGAAGGAGGAAGAUUUUGCGUAUGGGAACACAGAGAGAACAAGACAAAGACAAGAAACGUGUAAUGAAAUGUUGUGUCUCUUCAAUUGUAUUCUAA